UGCAUUCAGCAACGAAUCCUUUAUUGUAACGGAAAGCCACUCCGCAACAUCUCUCAUCACCGUUUUGAUUUUUGGAGCCAGUGUGUGCCAGCUUUUCGAACAGGCAAAUUUGUGAAUAAGUUCGUGGUUUAGUGGAUCGAACGUGAGCCCCCAAAAAAACCUUAAAAUGCCGACACUCGUCACAAUCUUGGCUCUAUGCCUCGUCGGACGGCAGGCACACGCAUGGGGUGGCCUCUUUAACAGAUUCUCCCCAGAAAUGCUCCAAAAUCUCGGCUACGGAGGCCACGGUGGAUUUGCCGGUGAAUUGGAUUUAGAAGAGAAACUGCGUGGUGAUGGAGAUGAAGGCAUCCUCGAGGAGUUUGCAAAGGAGGGUGACAUGGACCCCUGCUACGGAAAACCGUGCACAGCCAACGAACACUGUUGUCCCGGCUCCGUUUGCGUCGACGUUGAUGGAGUUGUCGGUUCCUGUGUGUUCGCCUACGGACGUCGAGUGGGUGAGCUUUGCCGACGGGACAGCGACUGCGAAUCCGGCUUGGUUUGCGCCGAGGCAGAGCCCGACGUACCAACAAGAGUCUGCAGACCCCCGGUACACCAGGAUAAACAGUACUCCGAAACAUGCAACAUGAGCAGCGAGUGCGACAUAUCCCGCGGCCUCUGCUGUCAGCUACAACGUCGUCACAGACAGGCCCCCCGCAAGGUUUGCUCUUACUUCAAAGACCCGUUGGUAUGCAUAGGCCCAGUUGCCAUCGAUCAGAUCAAAAACGCUGUACAACAUACAGCGGGUGAGAAACGCAUCACCGGCAUGGCAUACAAAAGACCCAUGCACUAAAUAUCGCAACAGAAAACCCACUCUCAAUACUGUACAUUGAAAAACAUUUACUGUUAGUUAAAUAAUAAUGAUGAUGGCAAAGUUGUACGGAACGUGAACUUUAUUGUAUUCGUUGCAAUCGACUGUUGUUUCUCAUUUUCCUGAUUUUCUUUUGUUCUGAGCCCUCCAACUGUCGCUCACGCUGUGCAAUUUUGCCAUGAAAUAAUAUUAAAGAACAUACGUACAUAAGUACCAUAUAUUUUAGAUUUAUUGGCUGAGGUAUUUAUAGUGACUAAGGUGUUUAAAUCAAAUUAAAAGGCCUAGUUUAGUCAUUUGAUGAAACAUAUCGUAGUUUGUAGAAGAAAAUUGAAUAAAACGUAUGCAUACAUUGCAUGAGUUGCAGUGCUGCUAUUAGAGAAAGCACUAACUUAUACUUUACAGAACUUCAACUUUAACCGUCUAACUGUGAUGAUUUAAUGUGGUGGUACCGUAAUGACGUACUCACGAUCAAUCCCAAAAAAUCGAGCGCGUCCUAUAACAAUUAUCAAGGUUUAAGGAGCAGGAAGUGACGGUUGAUCGUGGGCAUGAUUUCGGUGCAGGCUUUAUAAAAUAGUUCGUCGUACUGAAAACGGUACGCGGUUGAUACAUAUCAUACUAUACAUAUCAUAUUACUAUAUAUCGAUGUUAUAUUAUAUUGUGAAACAAAUAUUUAAUAAAUGUCUACAGCAAUUAUCUCA